CAGCUCCGUAGGCAAGCACCAUGGUCUUGUAGCAGAUGCGAGCUUCAACUGGAAGCCAGUGGAGUGUGCGAAGGAGCUGGGUGACAUGAGAGAACUUGGGAAGGUUGAACACCAGACGGGCUGCGGCAUUCUGGAUGAGUUGUAGGCACAGGCAGGGAGCCCAGCCAAACAGCGAGUUGCAGUAAUCCAGACGGGAGAUGACAAGUGCCUGGAUUAGGACCUGUGCCGCAUCCUGUGUAAGGCAGUUUCAUACUCUCCGAAUAUUGUAGAGCAUGAACCUACAGGAUCGGGUCACCACCUUUAUGUUAGCGGAGAACGACAGGGUGUUGUCCAGGGUCACGCCAAGGCUCUUUUCACUCUGGGAGGAGGACACAAUGGAGUUGUCAACCGUGAUGGCGAGAUCAUGGAACGGGCAGUCCUUCCCCGGGAGGAAGAGCAGCUCAGUCUUGCCGAGGUUCAGCUUGAGGUGGUGAUCCGUCAUCGACACUGAUAUGUCUGCCAGACAUGCAGAGAUGCGAUUCGCCACCUGGUUAUCAGAAGGGGGAAAGGAGGAGAUUAGUUGUGUGUCGUCUGCGUAGCAAUGAUAGGAGAGGCCAUGUGAGGAUAUGACAGAGCCAAGUGACUUGGUGUAUAGCGAGAAUAGGAGAGGGCCUAGAACUGAGCCCUGGGGGACACCAGUGGUGAGAGCACGUGGUGCGGAGACAGAUUCUCGCCACGCCACUUGGUUGGAGCGACCGGUCAGGUAGGACGCAAUCCAAGAGUGAGCCGCGCCGGAGAUGCCCAACUCGGAGAGGGUGGAGAGGAGGAUCUGAUGGUUCACAGUAUCAAAGGCAGCAGACAGGUCUAGAAGGACAAGAGCAGAGGAGAGAGAGUUAGCUUUAGCAGUGCGGAGAGCCUCCGUGACACAGAGAAGAGCAGUCUCAGUUGAAUGACCAGUCUUGAAACCUGACUGGUUUGGUGCAAGAAGGUCAUUCUGAGAGAGAUAGCAAGAGAGUUGGCUAAAGACGGCACGCUCAAGAGUUUUGGAGAGAAAAGAAAGAAGGGAUACUGGUCUGUAGUUGUUGACAUCAGAGGGAUCGAGUGUUGGUUUUUUUGAGAAUGGGUGCAACUCUCGCUCUCUUGAAGAUGGAAGGGACAACUCAAGGAUGAGUUGAUGAGCGAGGUGAGGUAAGGGAGAAGAUCACCAGAGAUGGUCUGGAGAAGAGAGGAGGGGAUAGGGUCAAGCGGGCAGGUUAUUGGGUGGCCGGCCGUCACAAGUCGCAAGAUUUCAUCUGGAGAGAGAGGGGAGAAAGAAGUCAAAGCAUAGGGUAGGGCAGUGUGAGCAGGACCAGCAGUGUCAUUUGACUUAACAAACGAGGAUCGGAUGUCGUCAACCUUCUUUUCAAAAUGGUUGACGAAGUCAUCCACAGAGAGGGAGGGGGGGGGGGGGGAGGAUUCAGCAGGGAGGAGAAGGUGGCAAAGAGCUUCCUAGGGUUAGAGGCAGAUGCUUGGAAUUUAGAGUGGUAGAAAGUGGCUUUAGCAGCAGAAACAGAGGAAGAAAUGUAGAGAGGAGGGAGUGAAAAGAUGCCAGGUCCGCAGGGAGUCUAGUUUUCCUCGUCAAGCCACGGAGCAGGAGGGGAGGACCGAGCUGGCCGGGAGGAUAGGGGACAUAGAGAGUCAAAGGAUGCAGAAAGGGAGGAGAGGAGGGUUGAGGAGGCAGAAUCAGGAGAUUGGAGGGAGAAGGAAUGAGCAGAGGGAAGAGAUGAUAGGAUGGAAGAGGAGAGAGUAGCGGGAGAGAGAGAGUGAAGGUCGCGACGGCGCAUUACCAUCUGAGUAGGGGCAGAGUGAGUAGUGUUGGAGGAGAGCGAGAGAGAAAAGGAUACAAAGUAGUGGUCGGAGACAUGGAGGGGAGUUGCAGUGAGAUUAGUAGAAGAACAGCAUCUAGUAAAGAUGAGGUCAAGCGUAUUGCCUGCCUUGUGAGUAGGGGGGGACGGUGAGAGGGUGAGGUCAAAAGAGGAGAGGAGUGGAAAGAAGGAGGCAGUGAGAAAUGAGUCAAAGGUAGACGUAGGGAGGUUAAAGUCACCCAGAACUGUGAGGGGUGAGCCAUCUUCAGGAAAGGAACUUAUCAAGGCGUCAAGCUCAUUGAUGAACUCUCCAAGGGAACCUGGAGGGCGAUCAAUGACAAGGAUGUUAAGCUUGAAUGGGCUAGUGACUGUGACAGCAUGGAAUUCAAAUGAGGAGAUAGACAGAUGGGUCAGGGGAAAAAUAGAGAAUGUCCACUUGGGAGAGAUGAGGAUUCCUGUGCCACCACCCCGCUGACCAGAUGCUCUCGGGGUAUGCGAGGAGAGAGCAGUAGGAGUAGCAGUGUUUUCAGUGGUAAUCCAUGUUUCCAUCAGCGCCAAGAAGUCGAGGGACUGGAGGGUAGCAUAGGCUGAGAUGAACUCUGCCUUGUUGGCCGCAGAACGGCAGUUCCAGAGGCUGCCGGAGACCCGGAACUCCAUGUGGGUCGUGCGUGCAGGGACCACCAGGUUAGAGAGGCAGCAGCCACAUGGUGUGAGGCGUUUGUAUAGCCUGUGCGGAGAGGAGAGAACAGGGAUAGACAGAGGCAUAGUUGACAGGCUACAGAAAAUGGCUACAAUAAUGCAAAGGAGAUCGGAAUGAAAUGAACUAAACAUCUGGGAAAGCGAGAGAGCGGGGCCUCCCUCACUUACGUUUCACUGAAACACCCAAAUAUAACUCUCCCAACAUCCACCUCAAAAACUAUAAUUGAUGUAAACUACAGCAGUUCAAUGUUUUCUAUAAAUAGACUAACUUAGUUUAUUCAGCUAGCUAACUUGGUACAGUAUUCUUCCGUGAAAAACCGUCCAGGGCACCGAAUCCUAUGACGCCACAGCCAACUAGCAUGCCAGCCUCCAACAACAUGGUUUAGCACCAAUACUCGGCCACAACAAACCACCAGUGUGUCAACACGCCAAGCAGAUCAUACGUGUCCGUGUCUAACGUUGUGGGUUAGUCCCGACAGCUUGAGAGAGUCCGUCGUCAACUUAUUCAGCCAGUUAGUUAGCUUGAAUAGUUAGCAUACUAGCUAGCCAUUGCUUUCUGCCAACGAAAAAACCCUCCACCCACGGCACGAACACACAGAGAGAGCCAAGCUAACGUUAACUAGUCACCCAUGUCCCGAAUUCCCUUGAAUGACUCUGGCUACCAGUAUGUAAAAAACAAAACACAAAUGUAGGUUUUAACUUACCCCUAGCAGCUACUGUUAGCUAGCCAAGUGCAAAGCUAGUGAAUUGACUCAGCCAGUUCGCGUCUGUUCACUAGGUCGUUCCAGCUAUUGUUUAGUUAGCUAUCCAGGUAGCAACAAGCUAGCUACAUUUCGAGCACAGUAGCUACUGACAAUGAGGUUAGAAAAACAGCUGAAUGGUAGGCAUUAUUGUAUGUCAUUAUUGUAGGCAGCUAGCUGGCGUAAUUACAGGCACUCUCAAGCGUGAAACAACUAUCCACAGUUGCUAAUAGUUACCAGUAGCUACCCGCUAAUUGUCCAGGUAGUGGGUUAGCUAGCCUCGUGCUUCACCGAAUACAAUACCUACAAUAAUUACAUACAAUAACCCACGAUAACUACCUACAAUACCUAACUACAAUCUAACUACAUAGUUUAAGCUUUACUCUACACCAUAUAAGCCAUAUAAACCAAGCUUACCUCCCGCCAGAGAGAGACAAAACCUCACCCGACGACGACGACCACCACCAGAGUCUCAGUACAGUACAUUAAUGAUGUCAAGCCCAUAGUGUUUACAGUAACAACCAUACAGCCAUUAAUGAUGUCAAGCCCAUAGUGUUUACAGUAACAGCCCUACAGCCAUGAAUGAUGUCAAGGCCCUAGUGUUUACAGUAACAAACCUACAGCCAUUAAUGAUGUCAAGGACAUAGUGUUUACAGUAAUAACCCUACAACCAUUAAUGAUGUCAAGGCCCUAGUGUUUACAGUAACAACCAUACAGCCAUUAAUGAUGUCAAGCCCAUAGUGUUUACAGUAACAGCCCUACAGCCAUGAAUGAUGUCAAGGACAUAGUGUUUACAGUAACAGCCCUACAGCCAUGAAUGAUGUCAAGGCCAUAGUGUUUACAGUAACAACCCUACAGCCAUUAAUGAUGUCAAGGACCUAGUGUUUACAGUAACAACCUUACAGCCAUUAAUGAUGUCAAGCACAUAGUGUUUACAGUAACAACCCUACAGCCAUUAAUGAUGUCAAGGCCAUAGUGUUUACAGUAACAACCCUACAGCCAUUAAUGAUGCCAAGGCCCUAGUGUUUAUAGUAACAACCCUACAGCCAUUAAUGAUGUCAAGGCCAUAGUGUUUACAGUAACAUCCUCUAGCCAUGUUAUUUGUUGUAUAUUGCAUUCCAAUGAUUUGUUGUUUUUUUGUUUUUUUGUUUUGUUGUUGUUUUUUUUCUCACCAACCCACACUGCACUGCUGCGUCCAUGAUGCACCUCUGCUUGCUGGUUUAUGUUAAUGCGCUUGAACCCCAUUGGCCCAUUGCCACCUUGUGCUCGCUGCCUGCUAAUUAAGACUCAGUCGGCUGUCAAAUCACUGAAGCGACCCCUCGACGCAACCUUUGACCUGGUACUAUGACCUUUCACCUUUUAGCUUGGCAUGCAGCUCUGUUAUACUGGAUUCUAACUAAAUACAUCUUAGUUUGUUAUUGUUUAUUAACCAUUUCAUUGAUGGGGUAAUUAAUUGAUUGUGGCAUUACUGUUUACUAAAUGUUUAAUUGAUGGGGUGAUGAAUUGAUUGUGGUAUACUGGUACCCAGUUAAUUCACCUAAAUAUCCCUUUACAUUACCAUUCCAUCUCUAUGUCAACGAGGGAAUGGGGCGGGAUUGGCAAAACACUUACAGUGUCUAAGCAGCUUUACUAAAAUACUGUCUACAGUCAGUUCAUUCCCGCUCGUCUCUCCAUCCUUAAUAACAUGGUUUGAACUUAUAUCUGGAGUUAAUUUAGUUAAUGCAGUAGCUAAAAGCAUGAUUAGUGUCUAUUCAGUAGUAUUCAAGUAUAAAUAUCUUGCACAAUUAUGAUAUAUUUUCUUAUUAUUUCCAGUUUUGCAUGUGUGGGCUUGUAGAGAGACAUCAGAAUGAACAAGGCUUUUCCUGUUAAUCAUGGAGCUAGCAACAAGGCUUUUCCUGUUAAUCAUGGAGCUAGCAACAAGGCUUCUACUGUUAAUCAUGGAGCUAGCAACAAGGCUUCUACUGUUAAUCAUGGAGCUAGCAACAAGGCUUCUACUGUUAAUCAUGGAGCUAGCAACAAGGCUUCUACUGUUAAUCAUGGAGCUAGCAACAAGGCUUCUACUGUUAAUCAUGGAGCUAGCAACAAGGCUUUUCCUGUUAAUCAUGGAGCUAGCAACAAGGCUUCUACUGUUAAUCAUGGAGUAGCAAACAAGGCUUCUACUGUUCAUCAUGGAGCUAGCAACAAGGCUUCUACUGUUAAUCAUGGAGCUAGCAACAAGGCUUUUCCUGUUAAUCAUGGAGCUAGCAACAAGGCUUCUACUGUUAAUCAUGGAGCUAGCAACAAGGCUUCUACUGUUAAUCAUGGAGCUAGCAACAAGGCUUUACUGUUAAUCAUGGAGCUAGCAACAAGGCUUCUACUGUAUCAUGGAGCUAGCAACAAGCUUCUACUGUUAUCAUGGAGCUAGCAACAAGGCUUUUCCUGUUAAUCAUGGAGCUAGCAACAAGGCUUCUACUGUUAAUCAUGGAGCUAGCAACAAGGCUUCUACUGUUAAUCAUGGAGCUAGCAACAAGGCUUCUACUGUUAAUCAUGGAGCUAGCAACAAGGCUUUUCCUGUUAAUCAUGGAGCUAGCAGUGCAGCUUUUCUCUGUUAACAUCAUUUAUGUUGACUCCUUAAUACUAGGACAAUUAUUAUUAGCAUUAUUUUGCAGAGCUCCUAAUAUGUUAUCAAUUAUGUGUUACAAAAGCUGGUUUACUUUUGCAUUAUUUAUAUUUUACAGUACUACAUUAUUUCUGUGUAUAUUGUCUGUGUGUUGGUAACUAGUUUUAUUGUCAUCACUAGUUGUCACAAUUCACAGACCAGCACCACUGUCUUUCUUUAGAAGGACUAGUGUAGCAUAGACCACUGUCUUGCUAUAUGACUAGUGUAGCAUAGACCACUGUCUUGCUAUAGAACUAGAGUAGCAUAGACCACUGUCUUGCUAUAGAAAGACUUGCUUAUUUUUUAAAUCAAAAGUAUUGCUACAUAGAGAUGCCUUUAUCUUCUAAUGAAAAUAUUUAUUCUCUCUGUCUUUGAUUCUACCACCUCCACCACCACCACCACCACCUCCACCUCCACCACCACCACCACCCCACCUCCACCUCCACCACCACCACCACCUCCACCACCACCACCACCACCUCCACCACCACCACCUCCACCACCACCACCACCUCCACCACCACCACCACCACCACCACCUCCACCACCACCACCUCCACCACCACCCACCUCCACCACCACCUCCACCACCACCUCCACCUCCACCACCACCACCUCCACCACCACCACCUCCACCACCACCACAUCGUUUUCUGUUUUCCCCUCCAUUGGGUCCCUCUAUCAGGGGCUCCCACCUGUUUUACCUCCAUUACCAAAGAGACCCAUACUUGAGAAAGCCAACGGUGCCACCGCCAUGUUCAACGCCGCUGGCAUGUUCCAGUACCAACAGUACCAGCAGGCCCUGGCCAACAUGCAGUUUCAGCAGCAGUUCAUCCCGUCAGGUAGGCCUUGACCCCUCACCUUUCACCUCUCAACUCUCAACUCAACACGACCCCUGAAGUCAAAUCUGAUGCUGCUGACCUCCAUUCACAAACCUCAAACCUUACCCAUAAAACCUCUGAUUUCAGGCUCCUUACCCAUAACACCUCUGGUUUCAGGCUCCUUACCCAUAACACCUCUGGUUUCAGGCUCCUUACCCAUAACACCUCUGGCUUCAGGCUCCUUACCCAUAAAACCUCUGGUUUCAGGCUCCUUACCCAUAACACCUCUGGUUUCAGGCUCCUUACCCAUAACACCUCUGGCUUCAGGCUCCUUACCCAUAAAUCCUCUGGCUUCAGGCACCUUACCCAUAACACCUCUGGCUUCAGGCUCCUUACCCAUAAAACCUCUGGCUUCAGGCUCCUUACCCAUAAAACCUCUGGCUUCAGGCUCCUUACCCAUAAAACCUCUGGCUUCUGGCUCCUUACCCAUAACACCUAUGGUUUCAGGCUCCUUACCCAUAACACCUCUGGUUUCAGGCUCCUUACCCAUAACACCUCUGGUUUCAGGCACCUUACCCAUAAAACCUCUGGCUUCAGGCACCUUACCCAUAAAACCUCUGGCUUCGGGCUCCUUACCCAUAAAACCUCUGGCUUCGGGCUCCUUACCCAUAACACCUCUGGUUUCAGGCACCUUACCCAUAAAACCUCUGGCUGAAGCCUCCUUACCCAUAAAACCUCUGGCUUCAGGCACCUUACCCAUAAAACCUCUGGCUUCGGGCUCCUUACCCAUAAAACCUCUGGCUUUGGUCCUGCACAGCACACAUAGUUCUGAUUCGACAUUCAUUCAUGUUGCAGUAUCCCUCUGAAUGCAACGACAAGUUGAAACAUGAACACAAACACACCAGUCUGAGAACACUGGCACCACCCUGGUCCGACCCACAAACACCAGUGAGGGUCCAGUGAGUGUUAGUCUACACCUCCUCACCCAUUAUUGGACAGUCAGACAGAGAUGGACUGGCUGGCUAUCGGACAGUUCUGGCAAAUGCCAGAUGGGCUGGUCUAUUUUUAACCUAGAAUGAUCUUUAUUUGGCUAACAAUGGGAGCCUCAAGUUAAAAAGUGGGCUGGUGUUUUAGAAAGAACCAAUACGAUUUCUGUUCCCAUUCAAUCCCUGCUGUCAAACCACAGAAAUCCAAGUCCACACUGAGAGAACUAGAGGCAGCUCGUCCAUAACCACUCUGGGCCAACAACCUUUAGAUUACUAGAAUUGCAAGAUAGCCAGUUAACUAUUUACCCUGGCACAUAAUUGAUCUUGGAAAGUUAUUGGCUGAUGAGACUGGUCAUUAAGCUUUUUCCGUUUUAGACGUAUAUUUUGCUCUGGACGACUGGUGCUAAACCUACUUUUAGCUACUGAUGAACACAUCAACACACAUAACAUCUCUGUGUUCUUUACACUUUAGCUCUCUGUAUGUUUGUGUGCAUUUAGUACCGACCACGAUUCUAUCUGUAAUGAGUGACCCACAUUAACAGUUAUGAUUAUCAUUAAUGAAUGAUUAAUGGUACAGCAGUGGCUUGCGAAAGUAUUCACCCCCCUUGGCAUUUUUUCUAUUUUGUUGCCUUAUAACCUGGAAUUAAAAUUGAUUUUUGGGGGGUUUGUAUCAUUUGAUUUACAAAACAUGCCUACAACUUUGAAGAUGCAAAAUAUUUUUUAUUGUGAAACAAACAAGAAAUAAGACAAAAAAAACAGAGAACUUGAGCGUGCAUAACUAUUCACCCCCCCCCCCCCAAGUCAAUACUUUGUAAAGCCACCUUUUGCAGCAAUUACAGCUGCAAGUCUCUUGGGGUAUGUCUCUAUAAGCUUGGCACAUCUAGCCACUGGGAUUUCUGCCCGUUCUUCAAGGCUAAACUACUCCAGCUCCUUCAAGUUGGAUGGGUUCUGGCUGGUGUACAGCAAUCUUUAAGUCAUACCACACUGAAAUGUUUCCUCUUAAACCAUUCAAGUGUUGCUUUAGCAGUAUGCUUAGGGUCAUUGUCCUCCUGGAAGGUGAACCUCCAUCCCAUUCUCAAAUCUCUGGAAGACUGAAACAGGUUUCCCUCAAGAAUUUCCCUAUAUUUAUCAUUCCUUCAAUUCUGACCAGUUUCCCAGUCCCUGUCGAUGAAAAACAUCCCCACAGCAUGAUGCUGCCACCACCAUGCUUCACUGUGGGGAUGGUGUUCUCGGGGUGAUGAGAGGUGUUGGGUUUGCGUCAGACAUAGCUUUUUCCUUGAUGGCCAAAAAGCUCAAUUUUUGUCUCAUCUGACCAGAGUACCUUCUUCCAUAUGUUUGGGGAGUCUACCACAUGCCUUUUGGCAAACACCAAACGUAUUUGCUUAUUUUUGUCUUUAAGCAAUGGCUUUUUUCUGGCCACUCUUCCGUAAAGCCCAGCUCUUUGGAGUGUACGGCUUAAAGAGGUCCUAUGGACAGAUACUCCAGUCUCCACUGUGGAGCUUUGCAGCUCCUUCGGGGUUAUCUUUGGUCUCUUUGUUGCCUCUCUGAUUAAUGCCCUCCUUGCCUGGUCCGUGAGUUUUGGUGGGCGGCCCUCUCUUGGCAGAUUUGUUGUGGUGCCAUAUUCUUUCCAUCUUUUGAUAAUGGAUUGAAUGGUGCUCUGUGGGAUGUUCAAAGUUUCUGAUAUUUUUUUAUAAUCCAACCCAGAUCUGUACUUCUCCACAACUUUGUCCCUGACCUGUUUGGAGAGCUCCUUGGUCUUCAUGGUGCCGCUUGCUUGGUGUUGCCCCUUGCUUAGUGGUGUUGCAGACUCUGGGGCCUUUCAGAACAGGUGUAUAUAUACUGAGAUCAUGUGACACUUAGAUUGCACACAGGUGGACUUUAUUUAACUAAUUAUGUGACUUCUGAAGGUAAUUGGUUGCACAAGAUCUUAUUUAGGGGCUUCAUAGCAAAGGGGGUGAACACAUAUGCAUGCACCACUUUUCCGUUAUCUAUUUUGUAGAAUUUUCUGAAACAAGUUAUAUUUUUCAUUUCACUUCAACAAUUUGGACUAUUUUGUGUAUGUCCAUUACAUCAAAUCCAAAUAAAAAUCAAUUUAAAUUACAGGUUGUAAUGCAACAAAAUAGGAAAAACGCCAAGGGGGAUGAAUACUUUUGCAAGGCACUGGAGAUGCAACUUAAAUCUGUCUUUAUUCACUGCAGUCACUGCAUUCGGACCCCUUGCCUUUUCCACAUUUAGUUACGUUACAGCCAUAUUCUAAAAUGGAUUAAAUAAAAUAAUGUCCUCAUCAAUCUACGCACACUACUCCAUAAUGGCAGAGCAAAAACAGGUUUUUAGAAAUGUAAAUAACUAUUCAGACCAUUUGCUAUGAGACUAGAAAUUGAGCUCAGGUGCAUCCUUUUUCCAUUGAUCAUCCUUGAGAUGUUUAUACAACUUGAUUGGAGUCCACCUGUGGUAAAUUCAAUUGAUUGGACAUGAUUUGUAAAGGCACACACCUGUCUAUAUAAGGUCCCAUAGUUGACAGUGCAUGUCAGAGCAAAAACCAAGCCGUGAGGUCGAAGGAAUUGUCCGUGGAGGUCUGAGACAGGACUGUGUAGAGGCACAGAUCUGGGGAAGGGUACCAAAACAUGUCUACAGCAUUGAAGUUCCCCAAGAACACAGUGGCCUCCAUCAUUCUGAAAUGGAAGAAGUUUGGAACCACCAAGACUCUUCCUAGAGCUGGCCGCCCGGACAAACUGAGCAAUCGGGGGAGAAGGGUCACUCUGACAGAUCUCCAGAGUUCCUCUGUGGGAGAUGUUCCAGAAGGACAACCAUCUCUACAGGACUCCACCAAUCAGGCCUUUAGUGUAGAGUGGCCAGACGGAAGCCACUCCUCAGUAAUAGGAACAUGACAGCCCGUUUGGAGUUUGCCAAAAGGCACCUAAAGACUCUCAGACCAUGAGAAACAAGAUUCUCUGGUCUGAUGAAACCAAUAUUGAACUCUUUGGCCUGAAUGCCAAGCGUCACGUCUGGAGGAAACCUGGUGAAGCAUGGUGGUGGCAGCAUCAUGCUGUGGGGAUGUUUUUCAGCGGCAGGGACCGGGAGACUAGUCAGGAUCGAGGGAAAGAUGAACGGAGUAAAGUACAAAGAGAUCCUUGAUAAAAACCUGCUCCAGAGCUCUACGGAUCUCAGACUGGGGCGAAGGUUCACCUUCCAACAGGACAACGACCCUAAGCACACAGCCAAGACAACGCAGGAGUGGCUUCGGGACAAGUCUCUGAAUGUCCUUGAUUGGCCCAGCCAGAGCCCGGACUUGAACCCGAUCAAACAUCUCUGGAGAGACCUGAAAAUAACUGUGCAGCGACGCUCCCCAUCCAACCUGACAGAGCUUGAGAGGAUCUGCAGAGAAGAAUGGGAGAAACUCCUCAAAUACAGGUGUGCCAAGCUUGUAGUGUCAUACCCAAGAAGAAACAAGGCUGUAAUCGCUUCCAAAGGUGCUUCAACAAAGUACAGAGUAAAGGGUCUGAAUACUUAUGUAAAUGUGAUAUGUCAGUUUUUAAAAAAACUGUUUUUGCUUUGUCAUUAUGAGGUAUUGUGUGUAGCAUGAUGAGGGACUAAAACGAUUUAAUCAAUUUCAGAAUAAGGCUGUAAUGUAACAAAAUGUGGUAAAAAGUAAAGGGGUCUGAAUACUUUCCGAAUGCACUGUAUCACCUGUGUAAUGCUUUGUAGCCCUUUCCCGCAGUCAAAUGACCUAGUGGCCUCAUCGGUGGAAUGUUAUUCAUAUUUUUCAUAAUUUCAUAAUUAAUACACUUUUUGGUUUUAAUAACGCCGGAUAUCCGGUGUUUCUAUGUCAAACGGUUUUGUUAUAUUUCAGUCUUCUGUAUAUAUAAAGUGUAAUAUUGGGAUGCAAACUCAAAAUGUAAUACAUUUCAACUCGAUAUCGGACAUGGUACAGGAGACUUAUUUUUUUUAAGCCCAUAACCAUGUGUGUGUGUUAUAUACUUUUAGUUCAAAGUAGAUUUGUUUAAGACUCUGUGUGACCCCGAUUCAGCCUACUGCAGUAAAAGGUGAAAGUACUGUAUCCUUCUGUACCCAUAACAACACUGUGUCCUUCUAAUGACACUGUCUUUUUGUGUUGAUUUCUUCUCCCCGUCUCCCUUUCCAAUCCACUUCCUGUUGCAAUGCAUGAUGGGCAGGCUCAAUAUUGUGCAUGACACCUGCAACAAGUGUUGGUAGGUGCAAGCUUUCCUUCCUGAAUACCUUUAAGCCUUUUCAGUCCCUCACACUCCAUCUCAAGCCAUCAGGGCGGCCAUUUUCCACUCUUGAGGCCAAGGAGGCAUCUCAAUAGUCCAAAGUAACUUAAUCUCCUCGUCUCCUUCCCUAGAUAGAUAGAUAGAUAGAUAGAUAGAUAGAUAGAUAGAUAGAUAGAUAGAUAGAUAGAUAGAUAGAUAGAUAGAUAGAUAGAUAGAUAGAUAGAUAGAUAGAUAGAUAGAUAGAUAGAUAGAUAGAUAGAUAGAUAGAUAGAUAGAUAGAUAGAUAGAUAGAUAGAUAGAUAGAUAGAUAGAUAGAUAGAUAGAUAGAUAGAUAGAUAGAUAGAUAGAUAGAUAGAUAGAUAGAUAGAUAGAUGGUUCUAUCUACACCUACAAAUACAUGUGCCACAAUCCUGCACAAGAUAAUAAGAACAUGAACAAAUAUAAACACAUUAAUACAAAUAUUUAAAUGGGAAUAUCUUCCCCAUCUAGUGUCCGCAAUGAAAGCAAUACAUACGAAUGAUUUAGUUGUCACUUGGCAAGGUGGUGCCUGAUGACGAAAAAUAGAUGGAUAAGAAGUGAACAAUUGAGAUGCGGUACAGAGUGUUGUAUCACUGAGUUAACUGCUGUCAAUUAAAUAUAUAGCAGGGAUUCCAUAGUUAAACAAUUUAUUUUGUUUCAUUAUUUGUGGUUAAAGAUGUAAUUUAGGAGAAUUUUGUAAGGGAAAUGAUUUGUAAUAGAAUAUGACACAUAAUUGACAUUUAGAUUCACAGCUGGAGAAAGAAAUACAGAGCUUUUCAUCUUCUAUUUCAUACCCUGACAGAGUGGGACUGGACUGGACUGGGACGGACUGUGGGUUGCAGACAGGGUUAGUUGUAGUAUUAUUAUCUUAUUGGUGGUGGUGGUGGUGGUGGUGGUGAUGGUGGUUCAGUUAUGAGAUGUGUAUAGUUAUGGAAAUAUUAAUUAAGUAUAUGAGUAAUUCUGAAGCACAUUUUGCGAAUGUUAUGAGUAGUGAAAUGUUGUUUUACUGUAGGCUAGUUGUUUCACCCGUUUCCCAGUGUGUCACCCCCUAUGGAAUGUCACCUGCUAUGCAGUACGAACGCAUGUUGUCACGUUGCUAAUAUUUGUCCGUCAUAUGAUGUGCCACAUAGCUUGUUGCUGUAAUAACCCAUUCGGACCCACUCAUUAUCCUGACCCUCUUCCCAAACCUCAGUUACCCUGUUAGCUAACAGCUUAUUUAAAGGUCAGCUUAGAAUCUGUUAGAAAUGGCAUUAGUAAUAGAUAGUAAGAAAUACACAAACAAAUGAUUUACUAAUGGUCAACAUCAACAAACUAGUAUUUAAGGUUUAGAAGUGGUUAGAAGUGGAGAGUAAACCAGUAACCUUUAUAAUACAACAACACAUCUGCCUGCUACAGUUCAUUUGAAUGUCUGAUCUUUCUCUCCCCAAAGUACCCAUGAUGCACGGUGCUACGCCCGCCACUGCGUCUGCAGCCACCUCCUCUGCCACAAGUGUUCCCUUUGCAACCGCAACAGCCAAUCAGGUUUGCUCCUCUUCUGCUUCCCCUCCCUCUGUCCACUUCCUGUGA